AUGGAGGAUAAGAAGCAAAUACAUAGUGUCUGCAAAUGUCUCAUCAGUACCUUAAUCUUUCUGCAAUGGUUUGAAUGUAGUACUGCAGCAAAAGGGUCCUCAGGAGGAGGAGAAGGGAAAUGGCAACUUCUCCUGAACAACACAGGAGUGGUGGCCAUGCACAUUGCCUUAACCCACCACAACACAGUGAUAAUGUUUGAUCAAACCGGAACAGGCCGAUCGGGCUACCGACUCUCUCACCGGAACAACGGAACGAGGUGCAAGAACACUGGCAGUGAUUUAUCAGACUCAUCCUGCUAUGCUCACUCCAUGGAGUACAAUAUAAUUAGCAACAAAAUUAGACCUCUCAUGCUUGAAACUGAUCCUUGGUGCUCUUCAGGUUCCAUCUUGAGCAAUGGAACAAUCAUUCAAACUGGCGGGUAUGGCAAUGGUUAUCGAAAAAUCCGAUACUUCAAGCCUUGUGAUGAGAGCAAUUGUGAUUGGAAGCAAUCAAGAACACAGUUAUCGCAUAAUCGUUGGUAUUCUUCCAAUCAAAUUCUCCCGGAAAAUGAUAGGGUCAUUGUUCUUGGAGGAAGAAGGGCUUUCAAUUAUGAAUUUGUACCUAAAUUUUCUCCUAGGGACAGUUCUUUUGAUCUUCCAUUUUUGCACCAAACAUAUGAUGGAAAAGGAGAAAAUAAUCUCUACCCUUUCCUCCACCUUUCCUCAGAUGGAAAUUUGUUCAUUUUCGCGAACCGGGAUUCAAUUCUUUUCAAUUAUAAACAAAACAAAGUGGUGAAAAAGUUUCCUCAGAUUCCUGGGAAUGGAUCAAGGAGCUACCCGAGCACCGGUUCAUCGAUAAUCCUUCCUUUAGACCACAGUGAUGGCUUCCAAAAGGUGGAAGUCAUGGUGUGUGGAGGUGCAGCUUCAGGAGCUUACACAGCUGCUAAAAAUGGCAGAUUCUUGGAGGGUUUGAGGUCUUGUGGAAGAAUGUUGAUCACAGGAGAAAAACAAAAGUGGAAAAUGGAGGACAUGCCAGGUCCUCGUCUCAUGAGUGACAUGUUGAUACUUCCCAAUGGUUAUAUACUGAUCAUCAAUGGUGUCAAAAAUGGCUGUGCUGGGUGGAACAAUGCAGACAACCCUUCUCUUCAGCCUUACCUCUACAACCCAGAGAAAACAGAAGGCAGAAGAUUUUCAGUUCUGAAGUCCACUAAAAUACCCAGAAUGUACCACUCAUCAGCUCUUCUUCUACCUGAUGGGAGGGUUUUGGUAGCAGGAGGUAACCCUAAUAGUCGAUACACCUUCAAUGGCGUUCCCUAUCCUACUGAACUGAGAUUACAAGCCUUUACUCCAGACCAUAUGGACUCAAAAUUUUAUAGCCGAAGGCCACAAAAUGUGUCUAUAUAUUACAGCAGUGGAGAGGAAGGUGUUGGCUAUGGAGGAGAGUUUGGUGUUCAAUUCUGGAAUGAGAAGCCGAUGGAGGUUGAGUUCAGUGCCUAUGCGCCCCCAUUUACAACGCAUUCGAUUUCGAUGAAUCAGAGGAUGCUAAGGCUUAGGUGCAAGAGUAUGUUUAGGAGUGAGGAUGGUUGGGCGAAUGCACUUUUGGAAGCCCCUCCUUCAGCUAAUGUUGCACCUGCUGGUUAUUAUUUGCUCACAGUUGUUAAUGGAGGAAUUCCUGGCAUAUCUCAGUGGGUUAGGUUCAUACAUGCUUGA